AAUUCUAAGAGAGUUUUGAGUUCUAUUGUAUUAUGGAGGAUUUUAAAUCCUUAAGGAAAGUGAGAUCACGCCUCAGAACACUUCUUUUAUUCUUCUGUUAUUUAAUAUUUCUUAACGGGCAAUAUCAGUCUUGUGAUGUUUUCAUUGAAGCAAUCAAGCCUUACUUUGCUGGAGAUUGUCCGGCAUUUUUCCUCUGAAAGGAGAUGUGCCAAAGAUGCUCUUUGGCUGUGUCUUGAAACUGGUCUACGCUUGCUUCAUCCUUUUAUGCCAUUUCUUACUGAAGAAUUGUGGCAGCGCCUACCUGGCGCAAGGAACCUUGCAAGAAAAGAGUCCAUAAUGAUAUGUGAGUAUCCAUCACCUGUAGAGAGUUGGUCAGAUGACAGGGUUAAACAGGAUAUGGAUCUUGUAGAGUCAACUGUGAGAAGUCUCAGGGCAGAGCUGCUUGCCAAGCAGAAAAAUGAAAGGUUGCCUGCUUUUGCUUUGUGUCAAACUGAUGCUGUCGCUGAAACCAUUAGAAGUCACAAAUUAGAGAUCUUAACUCUAGCCACUCUAUCAUCUUUAGAGGUUCUCCUUGGUGGAAGAGAUGCUGCACCAGAUGGGUGUUCGCUUGUGAAUGUAAAUGAAAACCUUGUGGUUUUUUUCAAGGUUCAUGGAACUCUAAACAGGAGAGUGGAAGUUGAACAGGGAAAAAUUAAGGUCCUGUUUGCUACCACAGAUGAAAUUCGGCAUAGAGUGGUUUGUGAAUUGUGGCUGUUGAAAAAAAUUAAGGACAUUUUGUACAUCGUAAUCAAAGAUUUGAGAAUGGUGGGUGAGGCAUUUUGAAAAGAAGAG